CUGUUGUAGGUUUUUACGUUGCUCUCCUUUUGAUGAAUACAAAGUGUGGAAGUACCAGGUAGAUAACAACACAAAGAAGGGAGGAGAGAGGCUAAGCCUCUUAACCAGGAGCCUCUUAUUACGGAGAACCAAGGACCAGCUGGAUUCAACUGGCAAGCCCUUGGUAUCUCUGCCCCAGCGUAGGAUGCAGUUGCAUCAGUUAAAACUUUCAGCAGAGGAGCAGUCUGUAUACAAUGUGCUCUUUGCAAGAUCCAGGUCAACGCUACAAUCCUACCUAAAGAGACAAGAGCAGAAAAAUGAAGGCAGAGAGUAUGCUGGUGGUAACCCGUUUGAGAAAGCUGCACAGGAGUUUGGGCUCAGUAAAAAGGAAUUUCUAGCAGGCUCCCAAAGUGCCUCCCAGGUCUCAAGUACUGUCCACGUCUUGUCCAUGUUGUUGAGGCUCCGUCAGUGCUGCUGCCAUCUCUCCUUACUGAAAGUGGCUCUGGACCAAGUUAACUUGAACAGUGAAGGCCUUUCCCUCUCCAUUGAGGAACAAAUUAGUGCUUUGACCCUCUCUGAGCUCCAGACUCCUGAUUCCAAGUCAACAGUCUACCUCAAUGGCACAGCUUUUAAAACAGAUAUCUUUGAAAUCACCAGGGAGAGCACCAAGAUAGCUCACCUCUUGGCUGAACUGAAAACUAUACAGAGUCACUCAGAGUUUCAGAAGAGUGUUAUUGUCUCUCAGUGGACGAGUAUGUUGAAAGUUGUGGCUGUGCACCUCCAGCGACUAGGGCUGAAGUAUGCAACAGUGGAUGGCUCUGUCAAUCCUAAACAAAGAAUGGAUGUUGUGGAAGAGUUCAACAACAAUCCCAAAGGGCCUCAGGUAAUGUUGGUCUCAUUGCUGGCUGGAGGCGUUGGCCUGAACUUGACUGGAGGAAACCACCUCUUUCUCCUUGACAUACACUGGAAUCCUGCUGUUGAGGACCAGGCAUGUGACCGCAUUUACCGAGUGGGGCAACAGAAGGAUGUUGUGAUACACAGGUUUGUCUGCGAAGGAACAGUAGAAGAAAAGAUCGUACAACUCCAGAGGAGGAAGAAAGUUCUCGCCCAGCAGGUGCUGUCGGGCAAAGGGGAGGCCUUCACUAAGCUUACUCUGGCUGACCUCAAAAUUCUCUUUGGCAUCUAAUUAUCCUUUACAAUACACAAUGGAAAGUGAUUUUAUACCUACAAGAAACUGUGCAGACUUCAACAAAGGACUGCUGUUUAAGGUGGUCACUUAUUUUGAACAAAUAACUACAUUUUUGUAACUGUUCCAGGAGAAGUUACCAACUUCAGGAGUUUGGUUUAGAUCGUGUAUCCAAAGGUCAAUAAAGUU